GAUCGGGCGCCUUCCAUGACUCCUGCCCCUGAGGCCGAUACUAGCUUCUUUGUGUUACCCAAAGACAGGUGGCCCGCAGAGCCCAAAAGUGCUCAAUACCGAGAUGCCUUGUGGAGCAUUGUGUAUAACAAGAACAAGACAUUCAUGUGGGAAUUCCACGAGGGACUUGCUCAAGGAAGCUUGGAUCUCUGCAAAGAACUGCUUGGGAGGGCCCAGCUGCCCCCCAGAGUCUCUCUCUUUGACGAUGAUGUUAUCCACGAGAUGAGUGUAAGGUGUCAGCGUAGGAACGAGACGAGGAUAUUUCGCGACAUCACUCCCUUGAUUGCGCCGUCGGCCGAGCUCGUCGCCUUGCGAGGUGAUGGGGAGUUGGGCAUUCUGUGCGAAUCUGCAAACGAAAUAUGGACAUAUUCUCAGCAAUUGCUUCAAUACCAACCACAGCCCUCCUACUCGGUUGGCUUCAGAGCUCUAGCAUUUACUGAGCUGCAGUUUACCAAGGUCACGGAGUUCUUUGAGGACAGAUGCACUUCCGAGACGUCACCGAUCAUGGGUACAUCUCACAUGUUCUUCCCGUGCUUUUCAUGUGAGAUUGGGGGCUUCGAGAUCACCCGACGACAAAACACGCACAACAUGACAAUUGGCAUGCGUGCUGUUGUGGACCUCUUCCGUGGCGUCAAACGCGAAUCUGAGGUGCACCGCCAGAUUCUGGCCUUUUCCAUUUCACACGACUCGUGCGAGGCGGAAAUUGUUGCCCAUUACCCGGUCAUACUAGGAGAGACUACGGAAUUCUAUCAACAGGUCAUCGCCUCCUUUGCGUUUACUGAUUCUAGAUACGACAAGUGGACGGCAUACCGCUUCACCAAAAACAUGUAUGAAGCCUGGAUGCCGGUGCAGUUCCACUGGAUCUGUUCUGCCAUCAACCAGCUACCCGAAGGGUGGUCAAGUGGAAAGGACAUUGGCCAGCGCGAAUUUGUUUGAGCAUUUGCAUCACAAGGACUAGCACUAGAUGAUGAUUGGUCCGGGAAAACAUUGGGUAUAGCGACAAUGGCAUUUUGGCAU